GUCUUGUGUCAAAGUACAAAGAUUAUGUAAUUUUAGUCGGAUUACAGUGCGAUGUUCAGCGAGUAACACAUUAAACUUCAAUCAGAUAAUUUUGCAAUCUUUAUUUUGUAUCUGUUUUUGUUAGUUGCAUGAUCAAACCUGCUGAGUUUUUGCACCAAGAUCAGAUGAGAUUUCUGGGUAUCUCUCAGCUCAGUUUGAGAAGACUCAAUGCCGUAUUCUCUGCAGGCACCGUCAGAGGCACCGCAAGCUCAGCCGCUAUGAGACUCGUCCAGUUCUGCCACAGAGGAGGCGAGGGGGGCGUCAGAGUCGGGGUGGAGCAGGCAGGAGGUCAGGGGGUCAUUGAUCUGAAAGCCUUCGACCCCUCCAUGCCUUCCACUAUGAGAGAGUUCCUAGAAAUGGGGGAAAAGGGAAUGGACUGUGCUAAGAGGGCUUUGUCCAGCGGUCAGCAUGUGGUGGCACAGACGGAUGUCAGGCUGCUCUCCCCGGUGACCGGCCCAGAGAAGGUGGUGUGUGUUGGUAUGAAUUAUAAAGACCACUGCCUAGAACAGAACGCCCCGAUUCCUGAAGAGCCCAUCAUAUUCAGCAAGUUCCCCUCCACCAUCACUGGCCCUUAUGAUGACAUCAUUCUCCCAGCGGAGAGUCAGGAAGUGGACUGGGAGGUGGAACUCGCCUUUGUGAUUGGACGGAAAGGAAAGCAUAUUAAGGAAGAGGAGGCCCUUUCCUAUGUUGCAGGUUUCACUGUAGCGAACGAUGUAAGUGCUCGUGAUUGGCAGAUGAAGCGUAAUGGAAAGCAGUGGUUGCUGGGAAAAACUUUUGACACAUUUUGUCCACUUGGGCCAGCGCUGGUUACCACUUCGGCACUCAAAGAUGUUCAUAACCUGGGUGUCCGCUGUCUGGUGAAUGGGGCCACGGUUCAGGACAGUAACACCAAUCAAAUGAUCUUUAGGACUGAGAAGCUAAUUGCCUGGGUUUCACAGUUUGUGACGCUUUGUCCCGGUGAUGUGUUUCUGACCGGAACGCCUCCAGGUGUGGGGGUGUUCAGAAAUCCACCUGUGUAUCUAAAGAGGGGAGACGUUGUGGAGUGUCAGAUUGACGAGAUCGGAUCCAUACGGAACACAGUAGUGUAACACGAAGAGCUACAUUGGUUGAAGUGCCACAACUACAUUUUGAAUUAUUUCAAAUUGACAUCAUAAACAUGGAUUAUUUUUUAACAGAAGGCAAUAAACAUUACGCUCUGGGCCACUUUUA